AUGUGCAACACACGGCAGCCCUCCAAAGUCCAAACACAAAAGGAAACUACAAAAGAGACAAACUUUCUUGAUUUGCAGUCCCCCUUUUCUUUUCUACAGUGCCAUAACAAUGUAUUCAUGCCAUUUGUGAAAUUUCUUGUACCAUUUUUCUCCCAACAAACAAACUCACAGACACCCCAUUAAUCUUAAUUAAAAUUAAGUUACUCCUCCAUUUCUAUAUCAUUUAGUUCUCCUUUUAACCAAAAAAUUGAGCAAAUCAAUCUCUUUCUUCCUCAGUGAGAAGAUGCAGAGGUUAUUAGCAUUAAGGAGGACACUCUCUUCUGCAAUAUGGAAAAACCCAACUCAUUCUGCUCCUUUCUCUACCUCUCUCCUUUUUGAUGAUACCGAAAAUCAGUUCAAGGAAAGUGUUGCGCAAUUUGCACAAGAAAAUAUUGCUCCUCAUGCAGAAAAGAUUGAUAAAACAAACUACUUUCCAAAGGAUGUGAACCUAUGGAAACUCAUGGGAGACUUCAAUCUUCAUGGAAUUACGGCACCAGAGGAGUAUGGUGGCCUCGGCCUUGGCUAUCUUUACCACUGUAUUGCAAUGGAAGAAAUCAGUCGUGCUUCUGGUUCAGUAGGGCUGUCAUAUGGAGCUCACUCUAAUCUUUGUAUUAAUCAGCUAGUGAGGAAUGGAAAUCCUGCUCAGAAGCAGAAAUACUUGCCGAAGCUUAUCAGUGGAGACCACGUUGGAGCUUUGGCAAUGAGUGAACCAAAUUCUGGCUCAGAUGUUGUUAGUAUGAAAUGUAGAGCUGAUCGUGUUGAUGGUGGCUACAUGCUAAAUGGGAACAAAAUGUGGUGCACAAAUGGACCAACUGCUCAAACACUGAUUGUUUAUGCAAAAACCGACAUGGCAGCGCACACCAAAGGAAUCACUGCAUUCAUUAUCGAAAAGGGAUUCCCCGGAUUCAGCACUGCCCAAAAACUAGACAAACUGGGAAUGCGAGGAAGUGACACAUGUGAACUUGUUUUCGAGAAUUGCUUUGUGCCUCAGGAUAACGUGCUUGGGGAGGAAGGAAAAGGGGUAUAUGUUAUGAUGUCAGGGCUAGACUUGGAGAGGCUUGUUUUGGCAUCUGGCCCUCUUGGUAUUAUGCAAGCUUGCCUUGAUGUUGUUCUUCCUUAUGUUAGACAGAGAGAACAGUUUGGGCGUCCAAUUGGUCAAUUUCAGUUCAUACAGGGGAAGGUUGCUGACAUGUAUACUUCCCUGCAGUCAUCAAGGUCAUAUGUGUACUCUGUGGCAAGAGAUUGUGACAGUGGGCAAGUUGACCCAAAGGACUGCGCUGGAGUUAUACUAUGUGCUGCUGAAAGGGCUACACAAGUUGCACUACAGGCCAUACAAUGUCUUGGAGGUAAUGGUUAUGUGAAUGAGUAUUCGACAGGGCGUCUGCUUCGAGAUGCCAAAUUAUAUGAGAUUGGCGCAGGAACCAGUGAGAUAAGGAGAAUGAUCAUUGGCCGUGAGUUAUUCAAGGAGGAAUGAACACUGCUGGGUGGUUAACAAUGAAGCAUCAGUGGUUUUUAAUGGCAGUGAAGUUCUUGGACUCCAGUAGACCUUGUGAGGAUAUCGAUGCUGCAGUCUUCCGUCACCGGCUGACACUGAUACACAUACACUUAUCAUGUACAGAUUCUGUAAAUCAUCAUACAAGUGUAGUGUCAAAGUGCUCUAUUUAAUCCGACCCAACAUUUGACAUUAUUCAUAGAGAUUAAACAUGUGAAUCAAUUUAAUCAUAAACAUAGGAGCAUUUUAAUAAAAUCUAAUUUGGCUACAAAAACAAAGUUCCAAAUGUAAAGUUUUCUUCUUCA